CUCGCCAGGAAAAACUAUUGAAAAAAUUGUGUCGUAAAAAAAAAACUUGUACUCUAUUGAUUCCUCCAUCCUUUCUGUAAUGAUGAUUUAAAGUGUUUCAUAUGCAGCGCAAAUAUUUCCUAGAUAGCUUCGCUAUGGCAAAGGAUGCUUCUCAGCGUCAGUCUUUGCUGAAUUCGCGUGCGAGUCUAACAGAAGAGUUUAAUAUAUAACGUGAGUGAUUUUUUCCCCAAAGUGCAAAAGUAUUUUACCAUUAACGCUAAAUAGUAGAAUACUUUUACACGUUUAUUAAGUGAUUGUGAUAAUAUUGCGAUUUUUUAAAAAAAAUUUUGUCGAUUUUUUUCAGAAUAUUUUUCAUAACAAUGAGUAAUUUACAGGAUUUUAUUCGAAUCCGGUACGAGUAUCCCGUUGAAGGAUACCUUAUGGUCGAUAACGAGUCGCAAGUCCGACUGCAGUUGCGAAAGGAUGUACCUCGUUUUUACAUCCAAAUCAGAGGAUUUAUAAAUAUAGUUACGUGGCAAAUGAUACGAGGUGAGAGACAGCGGAACCAGGAGGAACAAAUUGAUAUAGAGGAAAGUGACUUCUUCCUAGAACUGUUCGGCCUCCGACCGUACGAGUCUGAUCCGGAGCCGGAAGAUUGGAAUUGUAAGUAUCAUAAAUUUAUAUUAUAUAUUUAAAUUUCUCUUCUUAUAUGUUGCAAGCUAAUGUAACGCUUUUGUUUUACAGAAACGAUGGCGUA